UGGGGCCCGCGAUGCUCCGGAGCUCCGCACGGAGGGAGGGACCGAGGCACGGAGGGAGCUCCCCGGCCUCCAUCGCUCUCUCCCCGGCCAGCCCCGGGCUGCCGAACCUGCCGCGAGGCUCCCGGCUGCAGAUGUCCUGUGGUAGCCUGUGUCCCCCCAGGAGGUCCUGCCUGCCUUAGCCAGCAUCCUGCCAGCCAUGGCCUCCACGCCCCAGUGAGGGCCAAAGGCACGAGGAGCGAGUGUCCCCAACACCGCCACACCCCCGGGAGAGCCAUGGAGGCCCCUGUGGAUGUGCCCGUGGGGAACCUCAUUGACUUUGACAGCGAAACGCCCUCCCGUGACCCCCCUGAGCCCGCUCCUCCCGCCACUCCCGGCGACAGCAGCCACCCGGGGGACGCAGGGGACGCGGAGGAGAGCGAUGCCACCGAGUCUGCGGACAGCGAGAAUGACAUGGGGGACUCUCCCAGGCACUGGCGUGGCUACCGCCGCUCCUCCUCCAACGAGUCCUUCUCCUCCAGCCAGAGCACGGAGUCGGCGCAGGACGAGGCCACGGCCGAGCGCCGGGAAUUCAUGCGGAGUUACGUGGAGAAGAUCUUCACGGGGGGAGAGGAUUUGGACCAAGAGGAGAAGGCCAGGUUUGGGGAGCUCUGCAGCAGCGAGAACGGGAAGGGCAGGGAGUGGUUUGCCAGAUAUGUGAGCGCCCAGCGCUGCAACUCCAAGUGCGUCUCAGAGCAGACCUUCUACCGCCUGAUGCAGUCCUUCGCCCUCGUGCUCUUUGAGUGUCACCAGAUGGACGAUUUCAGCCCUGCCAAGAACCUCAUGACCAUGUGUUUCACCUAUUACUACAUAGGGAAACCUCACGCCCUGCCCUUGGAGGCCAAGGAGAAGCCCACGGGCAGCAUCGACUCAUACCUGAAGUCAGCGAACACCUGGCUGGCCGAGAAGAAGGACAUCGCAGAGAGGCUGUUGAAAAACACCUCGGCCAAGACAGAGAACGUCAAGGGCUUCUUUGGGGGCCUGGAGACCAAACUGAAGGGUCCUGCCAGCAAAAAGAGCGACGAAGGUGAAGACAAACCGAAGGAGAAGCUGAAGAAGACGGUGUCCCUGCAGAGCCCAGAGGAGGAGAAGAAGGGGGAGAAGAUCUACCUGUACAUGCACCUCAAGCAGCAGCCAAUCUGGCACAACCUCCGGUUCUGGAACGCCGCCUUCUUCGACGCCGUGCACUGCGAGCGCAGGAAGAGGUCCCCCACCACCAGGGAGAAGUGGUGCCACAUGACGCAGGAGGAGCGCGACGACAGCCUGCGCUUCAACGAGAACAUCACCUUCGGGCAGCUGGGCACCUUCAUCCACAACAUGCUGGCGUUUGGCCUCAACAAGAAGCUCUGCAGUGACUUCCUGAAGAAGCAGGCGACCAUUGGCAACUUGGACGAAGAGCAAUACAAGCUGCUCAGUGACCACAUCGAGCAGAUGGCCACGGAGUAGCCGCCUGGCCGGCACGCGGCGGCAGAGAGACAGCGGCCGGACAGGUGGGGAGGGGAGAGGAUCCCACCUCCGGGGCUACCUGAGACUGAAGCUGGGCUACCUACAAACCAAACAACACACACGAGCUGCAACAAAACCUGCAUGAUCGUCCACCAAACUCUAGAGCUGCCCCAGAGCAGCCUGUAGACAUAGGAGCCAAACAGCCCCCACCCUUGCCAGACCCUCCCGCCUCGAUUUUUUGAGUAGCCAGUCACAAAAGUGAAUUUUGUUGGUUAAAAAGCAAAACAAAACACAAGGGAAAACCAGGAGGAGCGUGGCUUUGCAGUCUCCAGGUGCUGUGGCCCUCAUGAAAUGCUGGUGAGGUCUCUGGUGGUAAAUCCAGAGGUAUCCAAGGCUGCCUUUCCCCGCUGGCAUCCCCUCGCUGAUGCUGGAGCUGCACCAGGGGUGCAGGAGGGGAUGGCAGGGACCACAGCCAGGAGCUGGGGCUGCACCCAGCCACCACUCAGGUUCUGUGGUGUCUCCAGGUGUCACCACUGGCUGGGGACAUGAGCAGGGUGGGGCUGGCAAAGCCCUCGCUGGCCUCCCUUCCCUUGGGAAAGCUUUGCUGUGCUGCCUGUGUGGGUUUGUACCUCUGGGCAAAGAGACAACAGUUUGCUCCAUAGCUUCAGCCAGGAUCAGUAGGAAAAAAGCCAUGGCCUUGGGCGGGAGUGGAGGCAGAGGAGCUCUGCUUGGCUUGGGAGGAGAUGACAAAGAGCCUCAUCCCUCUCCCUGCUGCCCUGUCCGUGUCGGGAUGCUGCUGGAUUGUGACAUUUCCCAAAGCCUCCUGGCGUCCUGUGGCAGUAGAUUAAUUGUCCUCCUUCCCCAGGCUGCUCCUCUCUGCCCUCUCCUUCGCCAGCUCUUCGCUCCAGCUGCUCACCCAUCAAACCUGAAAUAGCCCUGGCUAAAGGACAUCUCCUGUUGUGCUCCAGGGGUGGCAGCUCCCACCAUGCAGCAGAUCUGUUUUAUCCCUUGGACCUUGGCACGGUGCUUGCAGAGAGGCUGGGAACGUGGGGACAUCCCUGGGAACGUGGGGACAUCCCUGGGGACGUGGGGACAUCUCUGGGAA